GGAAUCCAAUGGGUAUAGAGACCUAUAAUCAAGUCGAGUCCAACAAACGCACAAGGAGUGUGUGAGACAUUUGGGUAGAGGCGGAGCGAGAGAGAGAUAAAUAGGAGAGGCUAAAUGGCGACCGAGUCCGACUUAGCGAUGGAGGCACAGACGGAGGCUGUGACGUCGGAGGAGACAGUGAUGAAACAGCCGCACAGGUUGGAGAGAAAGUGGACGUUCUGGUUCGACAACCAAUCCAAGCCCAAGCAAGGCGCUGCCUGGGGCACCUCUCUGCGCAAACUCUACACCUUCGACACCGUCGAAGAGUUCUGGUGUUUGUAUGAUCAGAUAUUCAAGCCAAGCAAGUUCCCUGCAAAUGCAGAUUUUCACUUGUUCAAAGCUGGGACUGAACCUAAAUGGGAAGAUCCCGAGUGUGCUAAUGGAGGAAAGUGGUCCAUUCCCGCCAAUAAAAAGGCUAACCUUGAUAGCAUGUGGCUAGAAACUUUGAUGGCCUUGAUUGGAGAGCAAUUUGAUGAUGCUGAUGAGAUCUGUGGUGUGGUUGCUAGUGUGCGCCAGAGGCAGGACAAACUUGCGUUAUGGACCAAGACAGCCGCAAAUGAAGCUGCCCAGAUGAGCAUUGGGAGGAAGUGGAGGGAUGUCAUUGACGUCACUGAUAAAAUGACUUACAGCUUCCAUGAUGAUUCUAAAAGGGAGAGAUCAGCCAAAGCUCGAUACAAUCUGUGAUUGUGCAAUUAAUUUGCUGUGCGAUUUUCUUCUCUCAGUUGUGGGAGUGAUGAAGGCCAAUGAAAUUGCUUUGAUGUUAUUUUUGUUAGGAUUGUUGGUUAUAUAUUUCCUAAAGUGACCUGUGUUUGAGGGUCGUAUAUCCCAUAUGGUUUUUCAUAUAUUGCUCCUUGGGAUUACUAUAUUCACUAAUGGCUGUUUUGUCAUGCUAGAGACUCAACUUGCGAACGAUAAUAGAAAUUGCGUUUUGCUCU